AUGUCUACAAUCGCCAGCCCCCGUGACAGCUCCGUCAAUGGGCGCCGCGUCCCUAUCAUCGCAACACCCACCUCCUCCUCACGGCCCAGUCUCGAGACGCCGCGAUCCAGCGAGCCCUCUCCCAACCGCGCAGCGCAACCGCGCCGCAACCGUGCCGCGCUCCGCGAAUACUACAAUCUCAAGCGCGGGCAGGACGAGCCGCUGAUAAACGACGCCGCGUCGGAAGUAUCGUCGAUCCACGACUUCAGCGAGGUGCAGGAGAGCGAGAUGGACCGCGCGGGCUUCGACGCCGCGGCGUACAUCAAGCAGGUGCUGGAGACGCAGAGCCUGGGCGAGCUGCUGCGGACGUACAACGGGGUGCUGGGCGAUAUCCGGGCGCUGGAUGCCGAGCGGAAGGCGCUGGUCUAUGAUAAUUAUAGCAAGCUGAUUGCGGCGACGGAGACGAUUAGGAAGAUGCGCACGAAUAUGGACCCGCUGAAUCCGAUGACGAGUACGCUGGACCCGGCGAUUGCGAGUAUUUAUGAGAGGGCGGAGCGGAUCAAGGGGGAGCUGAAGGCGAGUAUGCCGGAGAGUAAGAGGAGGGAGAUGGAGAUGGGGGAGGAGGAGCGGAAGGCGUUGCGGGAGAAAAGAAGGGCGAGAGAGGUGGUCUUGAGGGUUUUGGAUACGCCGGAGAAGUUGAGGGGGUUGGUGAAGGACGGUAGGGAGGAUGAAGCUAAGAAAAUUUGGGAGAAGACUCUGGCGUUGUUGGAGAGGUGGAAGGAA